CCGCGACCAAAACUUUCACUAAAGUCGGCGGCGCUCGACCCCCACAGAGCAGAGAGCGGGAAUCGAAAGUGGGCUUGACACGCGUGCGGCCGCUUCGCCCCACCCCCACGCGUGGAGGGCUUGGGAAAAGGGAGUAGCGAGAGCUGCCGGCAGCAAGAUCUGAUGCAACUUUGUCGCUGAACGGGGCGGGCGGGGAAAGCCACCUUGACAACGCGCCUGGAGAGAACCCGCGCGAGGCACCAGAGCAGCAUGGCCAGGCUUGCUGUCUCCUUGGUCUGAUUUGUCCUGCCAUAUGAUUUGAGGUCUCUGCUUAUCCUGGAAGUGUAGCCAGCGAGACGGGAUAGCAGGCAAGUGGGUGCCCACAUCUUGGCCCAGAACCAUGGCAGAAAAAUGCAGUGAGGGGUUACUGAAUGGGGCUGUGCCUGGUGAAACACGUAAGCGAGAUGAGAAUAUCAAGCGAGGCAACUGGGGCAACCAGAUUGAAUUUGUUCUCACGAGUGUCGGCUAUGCAGUUGGGCUUGGCAAUGUGUGGCGCUUCCCUUACCUCUGCUACCGCAAUGGGGGAGGUGUUGGCUAUGGUAUGAUGGUUGUCUCCAGCUACAUUGGAAUCUAUUACAAUGUUGUGAUCUGUAUCGCCUUCUAUUAUUUCUUCUCUUCAAUGACACGGGUGCUACCCUGGACAUACUGUAAUAACUUUUGGAAUACAGGAAAUUGCACCAGUGUGUUGGAUGUUACCAACAGCUCAAUGGGUUCAUCACUCAACAUCACACGCAUCUUCAACCAGACUCUGAAGCGCACUAGCCCCAGUGAGGAAUAUUGGAGGCGGUAUGUACUGAAGCUCUCUAAUGACAUCGGGAAUCUGGGUGAAGUGCGGCUUCCCCUGCUGGGUUGUUUGGGUGUCUCUUGGAUUGUCGUCUUCCUCUGCCUCAUCAAGAGUGUGAAAUCCUCAGGAAAAGUGGUAUAUUUCACAGCAACAUUCCCGUACCUGGUGCUGACAAUCUUAUUUGUGCGGGGAAUCACUCUUGAAGGUGCAGUUAGUGGCAUCACGUACUAUCUGACACCACAGUGGAACAAAAUCCUUGACGCAAAGGUAUGGGGAGAUGCUGCCUCUCAGAUCUUCUAUUCAUUGGGCUGUGCCUGGGGUGGGCUCAUUACUAUGGCGUCAUAUAACAAGUUUCACAACAACUGCUACAGAGACAGCAUCAUCAUCAGCAUUACCAACUGUGCUACCAGUGUCUACGCAGGUUUUGUCAUCUUCUCUAUCCUCGGCUUCAUGGCUCAUCACCUGGGAGUGGAUGUCUCCAAGGUGGCCGACCACGGCCCUGGUUUGGCAUUCGUGGCCUAUCCUGAGGCAUUGACACUCCUCCCCGUUUCCCCUUUUUGGUCUGUUCUCUUCUUCUUCAUGCUCAUCCUGCUGGGGCUGGGUACACAGUUCUGUCUCCUGGAAACUCUUGUCACAGCCAUUGUGGAUGAAGUGGGAAAUGAAUGGAUAUUGCGUCGGAAGACUUUUGUGACUCUAGGUGUGGCUGUGGUGGGCUUUCUGUUAGGUAUCCCACUCACCACACAGGCUGGUAUUUAUUGGUUAUCAUUGAUGGACAAUUAUGCAGCAAGUUUUUCACUUGUGGUUAUUUCAUGCAUCAUGUGUGUUGCCAUUAUGUAUGUCUAUGGGUACCGGAGCUAUUUCAAGGACAUUGAGAUGAUGCUGGGGUUUCCACCACCCAUAUUUUUCCAGAUCUGUUGGAGGUUCAUCUCUCCGGUUAUCAUCUUUUUUAUCCUCAUAUUUACAGUGAUUCAGUAUGAACCAAUUACAUACAACACUUAUGUGUACCCAACCUGGGCCAUCGCCAUUGGUUUCUGUAUGGCGCUCUCAUCGGUCAUCUGCAUCCCCAUCUAUGCAGGCUACUACAUUUUGCGCUCAGAAGGAGACUCACUGCUGCAGCGUUUGAAAAAUGCUACUCGGCCAAGCCGGGAUUGGGGCCCAGCGCUUGUUGAGCACAAGACCGGCCGCUACGCAACAGCAUUCAGCUCAACAGAAUCCCAGCUGGAGGUGCAGCUGCUGAACCCUGAGAAACCCAAAAGUGAUGAGGCUGGCAUGAUGGCUGCCAUCACCAUCGGAAGCAAUGGCUCAACCCACAGCCAAGACUCAAUGAUGUGAACCUUAGCCUGGGAGGCAGGGCAGAGAGCACUCCUUGCAUCAAUCCAUUCCCACCUGUCCUGGUUCUCUAAACCCUACUCUGCUCAGAUAUACUAAAGUACCCCCACUGGGUGGGGGACCCCUGGCUCCCAGGCUGUGCUGGAUUCUGGGGGAGGGGGCUAUGAGUUCCCAUCCCACCCAUCUCAUUAGUGUCCCUGUGCCAUCUUGUAACCCUUAUGUUUACAAGUAAUGCUCAUGGCCCCAAUUCACAGCCAGGAUCAGAGACAGAUGUGUGUGCUGGCUAACUAGGUGGGGUUCCUUGAGAGGUACCAGUAGGAAGGUUGGUUGAUGUCUUAGAAGCUUAGAAAUCCCUUCAGGGUGGUUUCUGGCAGCUACUCCUGGGUCCAGCGAAUCUAGAAUCUAUUGGGGACGAUACGGUCCUCACUGCCCUGGAUCAGGGCUAUUUGGCUGGCCCCACAAGGAAACUAAUGGGAGUGCUGGGGGUCAGUAGUGGUUUCAAAUUUGAGCUGAUAUUCUAGGCAAAGUUCAGUCUAGAGCUCAACAACCUUCAGCUAGACUACUGCCUUUAUGAGCACUCUUGCACACAUGCAUGGAAAACUGCACACUACCCAUCAGUAUCUAUACCUUCCCAGCUUUCCCACUUGUC